AUGUUAAGAGACUUAAACCAACCACAAGGUGGUGAAGCAAAUGAAAUGUCAUAUGACGACAAGUAUAGACACUUCUCCAUGGCAAAGAUGAGACAAGUUUUAAAUAUUUACAAUAACCGUAAACAAAAAGGUUUGGGAAACCACUCCCCCGAAGAAAUGAAAAACAACCCUGACUUAGAGAAAGACUAUAUAUUUAAUAAUUUAGUCAAAAGAGACAAACAAGAAAGAAUGCCGGGCUUCAAACUUCAGAAAGGUGACAAAGUAAAAAUAGAAAUACCUAAACGCGACCCAUAUGAAAAUACUAUUGACUAUGACAACAAUGGGAACCCGACAGGUACUCACAUUCGUGUUCGUAAAAAUAGAAGAAAGUAUACAAGAGAAUAUUAUGAAGUUUUAGGCAAACAUGGCAAAAUGUACACACUGCAAGCAGAAGAUAAAACUACUAUUGCCAGACCUCGUUUCAAACUUGUCAAAGUUCAAUGGUUAUACUUUCAAAGACAGUUCCUAACAAAUAUAAGACAACUCCUGACGAAUAUGCUAAAGAAGUUGAAAAUGACGACUAA